GUGUUCUUUGAGUGGUCAGUAUCUCUACUUCCUUUGUCAUCUGCUACGGUUAUUGCCUAAGAACAGCAUAAAUUCCAAGUGAUUGUGGUCCAGGAAUUGCAUGAAAUAAAGUCGCAGUCAAGAUCGGAAACGCUUGAAAAUCAGAGUUUGCUGAAAUGGAUCCUACCUCAAGAGACCAGCUAUUUGUGAGAAACCCACAUUUAAAGGAGCUUGAAGAUGAUGUGCUCUUUCAUAUUGGAAUAACAGCUGGGGACCAUAAAAAUCUCAAAAAUUUGUUUGGUGAUGUCAAGUUUGUCUGCAUGGGAGGAAGUACAAAUCGGAUCAAACAUUUUGCCAAGUUUAUUCAAGGAGAACUCAAGGACUAUUUAAAGGAUGAUAAUGAACCUCUUAACAUGUCAAAGUCUGAUCGCUAUGUGCUAUACAAAGUUGGACCUGUCCUGGCUGUAAAUCACGGCAUUGGAACCCCUUCUUUAGUGGUUAUCAUGCAUGAAGUUUUUAAACUCCUUCACUAUGCAGAAGCAGAAGAAGUGAAAUUUUUCCGAAUUGGCACAUCUGGAGGCUUAGGCCUAGAACCUGGGACUAUUGUGAUCACAAGAACAGCAGUUAAUCCUCUUCUAGAACCUUUCAGUGAGCAGGUGAUCUUGGGUAAAGUGCUAAAAUUUCCAUCAAAUCUGGAUGAAAAGUUACAGAAGCAAGUAAUGGAUUGUAGUGAUGGUUUACUAACAGCAGUUGGAGACACAAUGUGUGCUCAUGAUUUCUAUGAAGGCCAAGGAAGGCUGGAUGGUGCCUUCUGUGACUACACGCUUGAAGAUAAACUUGAGUUUCUUCAGAAGAUUUAUGAUGCUGGUGUGCGCAAUAUUGAAAUGGAAAGUGUUUGCUUUGCGUCCAUGUGUAACCGUGCUGGUGUCCCUGCAGCUAUACUGUGUGUUACACUAGUGGACCGUCUCAAAGGAGAUCAGGUAGAACUGACACCAGAGCAACAUGAGGACUUCCAGAUGCGGCCUCCUAGGCUUGUGGCUAGAUUUAUCAAGAAAAUGUUAGCAGAUCAAAGCAACAGCUGUGAGUUUCCUCUAAGGAAACGACAAAAGGCUAACUAAAUGUUUCACAAUCACAUCAUCCUUACUGAUUUGAGUGUUAUGUUGGUGGAGUGACUUAAAAUCAAUCAAUAAGAAUUUUCUUGAAAGGUGUCUCUUGCUCAAGUGAAUUUAAGGCAGAACCAUUAUGGAGAAGCAAGGAAUUAUUAGGACUGUAAUGCAUGUAAUGGACUUCUUUGUAAGAGGCAUCAAUAUCUUUAUUACAGGCUGGGUUCCAUAAAUAAUGUAGCAUUAAAAUUGCUGGUCAAUUGCUUUUUGUCAAUAGGGCUAGCCAUAUUUCUCUAGAAAUGAUUCUUUUACUGUGCUUUAAUAAUUAUAAAAUAAUAUAUUAUUGGUAUCACUCAAUUGGUAUUUUAAUAUGAGAAGGUAAAUAGAUAUUGGAAAGUUAUUUAUUGACACAAUU